UAUUGAAUUAGAGGAAGCUGGCUUUUCUUCCUCAGGAAACUUGCAGAGGAAACAAAGAGGAUUGAAGAGCCCAUUUUGCUACAAGGACUGGACUGGAUCUUUUCUGUUCCAGAAGUGCAGAACUAACCUGGACCGGUGGCGUGGUAGGAGAGGGGAUUCGGUUUUGGUCGGUCCGGUGGGGAUGGACACCUUUCUGACCUCCUUUGGACUGAUGCUCAUGUGUGUCCAGUGCUCAACUCAGGGACUCAAUCCAGCCGGGAAGAAUGUCUGCCUCAGUAUCAGGGAUUCUUCUCCCAUAUGUUGUUCUGGAUGGGGCCAAAAUGGUGAUGAAUGCACUGUCCCCCUCUGUGAGGGUGAAAGAGCCUGUCUGCACGAUGAAGUGUGUGUUUACCCUGGACUUUGUCGAUGUAAACCUGGAUUUUACGGGUACCAGUGCAAAACCCGUUGUCCUCCUGAAUUUUGGGGGGCGGAUUGUCGUGAGCUUUGUUCCUGUCACCCUCAUGGGCUCUGUGACCCAGUCACGGGUGAGUGCUCGUGCCUGCCUAACCGCUGGGGCAACCUGUGCCAAAACAGCUGCAAAUGUGCACGUCAUGGGAAAUGUGACCCUGUCUAUGGCAACUGCACUUGUGAGGAGGGCUGGUGGACGCCCACUUGCUCCAAAGCCUGUCAGUGCCAUCUCUCUACAUCCACCUGUGACCAAGCCACAGGCCGCUGUUUGUGUAAAAAGAGCUUCUGGGGCCAAAAGUGUAGCCUGCGUUGCAACUGCUACGUGUCCCCCUGCCUGCAACGCACAGGGGACUGUCAGUGUCUGCAUGGUUGGUGGGGUCCGUCCUGUGACCGCCGCUGUAAUUGUAAUCUCAACCAUGCAGACUGUGACCUACAAACUGGCACCUGUUUGUGCUACCCGGGUUACAAAGGCCCUGUCUGCAAUGAGCCUUGUGAGAGUGGAAUGUACGGCAGUGGCUGUAAGAAGAGCUGUGGACACUGUGAAGGGGGCAGGUCUUGCUCUAAACAGGACGGCCUGUGUGAUGCUUGUGCACCAGGGUGGAAUGGCACUCGCUGUGACCAGCGCUGUCCUGCAGGUUAUUAUGGCCAUCGCUGCCGAGAGGUGUGUCCGCAUUGCAGAAAUAUGGACCCAUGUGACCCUGAAACUGGAGAAUGCUUACAAUGUGAUCCUGGCUGGACUGGACCAAGAUGUGAUAAACCCUGCACAGAUGGUACUUACGGAGAUGGCUGCCGCCUCCUGUGUAAAAUCUGCAAUCAUGGCCACUGUGACCAUGUGACAGGAAGCUGCAUUUGUCUUCCUGGCUUCCAGGGUGAGAGCUGUAACAGCUCAUGUCCUCUUAACCAGUAUGGCGUCAACUGCUCCUCCACAUGUGACUGUGGGAAUCAUGCCUGCCAUCCAGCCACAGGGGCUUGUCCAAACAGUAUGUACAGACACCACAUUCGGUUUUCACAGCUGGUAUCCACAUCCCCCUUAUCCGUUUGUGUGUGUGUGUGUUUUAUGCUAGGUAGCAGAGCAGGUCUCUUAGCAGGGCUUUUGAUUCCUCUGUGCAUUUUAAUACUCGCCUUAUUGUUCUGCUGCUGCUGUUGCGGCGGGCCAGUCGAAGGGAAGGAAGGAGUGGCGGUUGGGGAUGGGAGCCCUACAGUUCGCAUGAAGCACCAUGUUUAUACUGUGUUGGCCAACAUGGGUUCGGCCAUGCCGUGCAUUACUCUUUGGUCAUCUGGUUUACCCAGGGUUACAGUCUCUCAUCAUGAUCCUGAGCUCACAUUUAACCACAGCUUCAUUGAGCAGCCAUCAUCCGGCUGGGUGACUGAUUCAUUUGAAACUGAUGAUGGAGAGGCCAUCUACUGUGAACCACCCAGGGAAGAUGUCCUUACUGUGGCCGGUGGAGAGCUUCAGGAGCUGAACUCAAAGUGUAACUUCUUCCCUGACCCAUCAACCUUCAGCAGCGAGGACAUGUCACAAGCUUUUGGUAUCCCUCGUACUUCCAGCAUUGCCAAAUCCAAACGCCCUUCAGUCUCUUUCGCAGAGGGCACAAAGUUCAGCCCUAAAGAGCGCCGUAGCUCGACCCAAGAUCUGCCAGGAGCUACUCGGAAACCCAAAGCCUGGGGUGUGUUGAUGAUCUCUGCCCUGCAAGGAGCACAGGGAAACCAUAGUGAGAUAGAAACAGAAAAAGAAGAAAAAAACAAUGAGGAGAACAUGUCCUCUGAGGAGCAAGGAGCUGCCUCUGAAACAUCUCAAUCCGACUCGGAAAGAUAUAGUUCUGGCCCGCUCAGGACGUACCUCACUGUGCCUGGUGGGAGACGACGCACAUUUUCCAAUACCAAGAAGAACACCCAGCCAUCUGAUGCCAGCCAGGAUGCAGAUUCAGAGAAGUUAACAACUGUUUAUGUGACUGUGGGUAAGGCCCAAAAGAUGGCUAAACAAGAGCCUCCUUCGGAAGGGCCCGUUCAGGCAAUGCUGCGCAGAUUGGGCAGCCUCCAGAGACAAAGAGAGGAGGCCGCCCAGCCCAAAGGCAGGGGUCAGGCGAUUGCCAAGCCCCCGCGGAGGAAACUGGGAGCACGGGCCAGUGCAUGGGAGCAAACUACUGGGUCAGGCCCAUCAGAGGUGGUCAUGAGGAAACCUAGUCGCAGGAAACACAGCUCCCUCAGCUCUCCCUGCACAGUAGGGGCAACAGACUUUCCUCAGGAGAACAGCACUCCCAAGAGGCCCUUGUCCUCUAUUUUAAAAAGUGUUCCAGAGAGCGAUAUGCUCCAUAGUUUAGAGGUGGAGCAAGACACUGAAGUAGAUUGUGAGACAGAGACUCUGACAGACCACGCUUAUGAGACUGUGGCUCCGCCUGAUGGGGUCUCCACCUCUUCAGAGAUCAUUAUUAAUGAAACAGUUAUUGACCAAGGAGAGAAUGAGCCAAGAUAUGAGAAUGUUUAUGUAAAGCAUUCAUAA